AGUGUUUUAAUUUCAACAAAUACGACAGAAGUGCAGCGCCACGGCCUAUUAACUAAGUGUCCACACGGUGGCAGACGAUGUGCACAUGCGCAUUCUAGAUGGCGGCAGAUUCUGUUCCCUAAGUUAACUUCGCCUACUACCAACGAAUGCCAAAGGGCAUUGGGCAGUACCUCUGUGGUCGAGCUCACCUGGAUAUGAACGCCGGCCAGUUGCUGAAUCGCUUUGACGGCCAGUGGAAGCUUUUGGCUUGGUCGCUGUUCUCCGGAUUUUCCGGUGCCCACAGAGCGCUGGAAGUCUUCAGGCGGCAGCAGCGGGCCGGCCCCGAGAGCUCACUCUCCGACUUCAUCGAAACACUUUGUCGAGAUGAAAUCAGCUGCCCGGGGAUGGAUGGGGCACCCUUUACCGUUCAACCUCUGGUGUGGCUUUUUCCACCACUGUUCCAGCAAAACUUGCUGACGUUCAUCUACCUGGUCCACUCGCGGUUCCACAAAGCUGCUGUCGUCCGUCUACUCCAAUGUCUUGGUCGGGGGCCCCAUCCCGACCCGUGGGUCACCGCAUGGAAGAAGCAACUGGAAAGAACCUUGGGCUGUCCCAUGGAGGAACCCCUUUACAGCCCAGCGUGCGCUCAGCGACUAACGGCACUGUCACGGCGAGUGGGUGGUGAGACCGGUGGGUGGGCUCAGUGCUCUGGCCUUCCAGCGGAGGAACCUCAGACUGCACCUGUUUUGUCUGAGGCGGAAACUCACAAGAAAAGGAAGGGCCAUUUUGAUGCUCCAAGUAAUGAGGAUGAAGAAAUUCAGCUGCAGAAGAAACGAAUGAGGACGGAUGAACACACCGCUGGGCGAGCACAUGAUCAUGAGCCUCUGCUCGAAAAUAUGACGAUUGCAGAGGAAGUGGACAUGGAUGCUUCACGUGAGAUCCCAGCGUCGGAAAACUCCCACAAUCUUCUGCCUGAAAAAAAUACUGUGAUGGCAGUAGAAUCGGAAACGGAUGCAGCAGAACAGGGCAACACCCGUGAUCCUCUGCCUGAACACAUGAAGGCGUCUAUUCUUGUAAUCAAGGAAUUACUCCAAAGUCAGACCGAGUGGGACCACCGCUCUCUUGACGUGUUUGAAGUGCUGACUAACUGUAAUGCCACUCAAGUGCAGGUACUGUGUGGCGAAUUGAGUUUGUCCGAAUUAGCAGAGCACGCUCUGCCGCAUCUUUGCAACAGCAUAUUGGCUCUCUCGCCCGACCUCAGCUUCAGCACAGCAUCGACGCUCAUCAAGAAUCUACUGCUGCCGAGGGUACUGGCCCUCUUCGAGCCGGCGUCCAGAUGCCUGGUUAGUGUUGUGAUGUCAUUCUGCAGCCGUUACACCAGGUCAAUGUGCCACGGUCUGAUUGGCCCACUUUUAGAGCAAGAGAACUUAGGGAGUGCACAAGCUGAGCUCCUGAACAAACUGAUAGAAGGCUGUCUGGAUUCUCACAACAGGCUGCUUGUGCUUCAGAUGACACUGAAAAUAUCAUGGAAUGAGACUCUGCUUUCUAUUAUUCACAGCUUGCUGGAUUCCGAGCCUGACAUGAAUGAAGAACUGUUCACGCAGUUGAUUGAACAGUUAGUUAGCCAGGCCCUUCCGUUCACAAAAUCUGUCAACUUUGCAAAAAUAAUGUUGACUGUUCUCACAAAAUAUGGCAACCUUGUACAUGCUUCACACAAACAAUCCCUGUCUGGUUGCCUGAUGCUAAAUGAGACAUUCCUAAAAAAGUCACUUCAAGCAGUGUUGAAAAGAAUCCCAGGUGCAUAAUACAUAGAGUUAUUUAUGUUUAUAUUGCUAUAUACAAAACUGUUGUAAUUGCAUAU